AUGGCGCCGAUACAGGGCACCGCGGAGGACAACGUGCGCGUCGGGUUCAACCGAAAGGAGAUGCGCACGGAAUCGCUCGUCGGUACGGUCAAGCAUCACGACUGCCACGCGUUCUUCGUCCACGACGACGCGUCGCGAUGGCCCGCGAAAGAGUUCGACGGACCGAUCGGCGACGUCUCGCGAUCGAUGCACGCCGCGCUCGAAGCCGCCGCCGGCGCGCACAAAGGCGGCGUGCACCAGUUCGCGCCGGGGAGCAACGCGGUGGGCGGCAAGGUGAAGCUGAACCUCGCGGAGGCGGGCGCGCGCGCGCACGCGAGCGACGCGCCGGGCGACGUCCUCAUCUUUCCGCAGUCGACGCGGCGAAAGGCGUACGACGAUCCCUCCGACGCGUCGCCCGAGCGCGUCGCCGCGUUCGUGCGCGACGUCUUCGUGACCGGCGACGCGGGGGCGGGACUCCCCGGCGGCGAAUGCGAGCGACUCCGCGGCGCGCACGUGUUCGUGUGCACGCACGCGGCGAGGGACGCGCGGUGCGGUUUGUGCGGCCCCGCGCUCGUGGACGCGAUUCGCGCGGAGGUGGACGCGCGAGGAUUGACCGACCGCGUCGCCGUCCGCGGGUGCUCGCACGUGGGGGGCCACGCGUACGCGGGGAACGUGCUCGUGUUUCACCCGCUCGGGGGCGUCGACGCCGACGCCGACGCCGCGGCGAGCGAGGGGACGUGGUACGGGUACGUCACCCCGAGAGAGAUCCCGGACAUCGUCGAGCGGACGAUUCGACGCGGGGAGAAGAUACCGAGGCUGUGGCGCGGGAGCAUGGGGAUGAAGACGGAGGAUCACGCGGCGGCGGCGGCGGCGGCCGCGGCGGCGGCGGGCGAGACGUGGCCGCCGCCGAAGAGCCCGUGCGAGAAGUGCGACGAGGGGGAGAAGACCGGGGGCGGGGACGCGGGCGGCGACAUCGAAGACGUCGCGGGCGGGGACGCGGGCGGCGACAUCGAAGACGUCGCGGGCGGCGGCGGCGGCGGGACCGCGACGGCGGCGCGACGAGCGGACGAGUCGUGGGUCGACGCCGUAACGAAAAUAGGCGUCGUCGUCGGGUUCGCCGGCGUCGUCGUCAGCGCGAUUUGGGCGUACCUCGAGGGACGGUUCUGACGCGUCUCUCUCGCGCUCCUUAAAUUAAUUUUUAUUAUUCCAUCGUAGUCUUCUUC